UUUCUGGCGAGAAGUUCAGCAACUGACGACAUCCUCAGGUUGAUCAGCGCGGACGAAACGUGUCACUCAAUUCCCAGCAGAUGGAUGACUGAAACGCGAUAGUAGAUGUAGAAAAAGAUUCCAUAAGCAAGAAAACGAGGAUAUCCCAAUGGGAAGUUGGCUUGCCAAACUUGCAGACCAUAAAACUGACGCCGCACAAUCAUUGAAGACCCCCCAUGUGGUAGCCUCAUACGCUCUGUUUUUUGGUUUCAUUGGGUUUAUUUUAUUGGUAUGGAUCAGUGCCUUUGUUUUGACCAUUGUGAGAGUUUGUAAAAAAUAUUCAAGGGCAAGGAAGUACGACGAAACACAUGAUACGACAACAAUAGACCUUCAAGUCGUGAAAAAAGAUGUCGGAGGCAUAAGAGGCAGUCAUAGCUACCAACUAGCAGGGAUUGAGAGCGUGGAAUUAUUCUCUACACCAGAGGGAGGUACGUCAAACAAAACAACACCGAAGCUUGGAAUUCAGUUAAUGGGUGGGCCUAACGUUACCAGGAAUGGCGAACCAGGGAUAUUUGUAGAGAAUGUUAAGCUGGGCAGUGUAGCUGAAGGAAAACUCUUCCCUGGAGACAAGAUAAUAGCGAUCAACGAUGUUUUCCUGGGAAAAGUAUCCCUAAAGUACGCAAUGGAAGCGAUGCAUUCUAUGAAGCGAGCAGAGGGCCGUCUAACAAUGUCAGUCAAGAGAGCCCAGCUUAGGGAGCAAAGGGUCAACGAAGCAUUCUCAAUGUAUUGCGAAGAUGAAGAUACAGAAAAGCCAGUUGUCUUCAAUAAGGAACAGUUGGAAGUCUUCGAAGAAGCGUUCUCUAUGUUUGAGACGAAUGGUUUUGGUGUGAUUCAUUAUAAACACGUUUUCCCGCUACUCCGAGAUUUGGCCUACAACGUUCACAAAGAAGAGGCUUGGUACUACAUGAAUAAAUUGGAAUUAUCAGAGAAGCGAAUGAUAACCCUGAGUGAGGUGAUAAAGUUACUGGAGGAAGUCGCUGCAGAGCGGAAGGAAUUGAAUGAAGUGCCUUCUGUUUACAACGUGUUCGACCCGGAUCAGAAGGGCCGCGUGGCUCUCUAUGAAAUACACGAUGCUCUGAGCUUAAUGUACGGGCAAAAAAUAACCGAGGAUGAGGUUUCAAGAAUACUGAGUAUUGCAGACGAAGAGAAUACCGGUUUUUGUAGAGAACAAGAUUUUGAGAGGCUUCUUCUACCCUCACUAAAACUUUAUUAGAAUCGUAGAGGAUUUCUAAAAGAAGAAGAAGAAGAAGAAGUUGGUCGAACCAUUCUUCCGCAGACGCAAACUUAAGACUGACAUGACACUGGGGAUUAAUUCCCCGCGUAGGAUUGUUCUUACCGCGAAGAAAGAAUACACUGCAGAUGUUGUUAACUAGGCUACGAUGGACCAGUGAGGAAAUAUUGUACUGUAACAGCUUCCUUCCGUUGAAAAAAAAACAGCUUUCAUGAGGUCUACAUCCUUAACUUUAUUAAAAGUCGACAAGCACAAAACAAAAAAAAAGAAUGCAUCAAUUUCCCUGAGCCAUACCGAUUUAUCUUAGUUUGCAUCUUAACAUUUUUACUAUUUUGAAAGAUAACCUUUCAAUGAAAAAAAGUGAAUGAUAUUUGGACUCAUCAUUCGCCUAAGUAAUACUGAAUUUCAGUAAUUAAACUGAGAAAAAAUUACAUCAUAAAAAAUUAACACUUGGCUCAUAAUAUCAAUUGCAUUCUUUUAUAAUAUUUUAAUUUCCUCUUGUAGCCUCGUUCCUGAAAUCUCCUCUUCUGCUUUUUUAGAGCACUACCGUUUACGCUGCUUUUUAGUCUAAAUUGGACUUAAUAAAAUUCACGAGUAGAUAUUUGUUAUCUAAUCUUACUGAUUUUGCCGAAUAUAUGCAUUUACUAUAGAGUUACCAGCAAUGCUUAUUAGAAUGUAUAACGAGUACAUAAUUUUCAUAAGACAAAUAACGUAUGAGGCCUCAGACCACAGAGAUAUAAUCUAUAUUAGUCCAAUUUGAGGCAGAAAUUAUAUUAUAUGAAGUUUUGUUAGCACGGACAUGCAAAUACUGUUCCAGGGGAUGCUGUCUCAUUAAUUUAAAUUGUUUCAAAUUUCGCUAGUACAUUGUUGGAAUAAAAGAUAACAAUUUUUGUAAUUUAACUCUUAAUGAAGUUCAGAUCGAAGAAAUUGUACGCGAAUUAUUCGAUUUAUAACUAGUCUAGAAUAUCUGGGUUUUGAAUGGUCAUUUUUGCGAGUUUUCUUCGGAACAGAUGUCAAUAAUUUUUCUUCUGUUCAUAUUUAUUCCCACACUUAGAUUCUUUGAUUCGAUCCACAUAGGGUGGAAUUUGAAGAGAAAUUACUCGCAAUCUAACAAAAAAUUAUCUCUUUAAUUCACCAUUGUUUUUAAUCCUAAUACCUUUAUUUAUUACCUUUGGCGAUAAGAAUUACGGUAAUAUUAAAGUAAAAAAUUUCAAAAUUCAAGAAUAUAAAUUAAAAAGAUUCAAAACACAA